ACAGCCUUUCGCCGGAGUUUUGGGCCAGGUUGCUUCCAGGGUGCGGCUAUCUGCCAGAGCAGCCCCCUGCCAGGACCUGGCAGCCGCGGCCUGCCGCGAACCGCCGGCUGAAAUUAUCGCCGGUGGCCGCGCUUGGGUGGAGGGCUUGAGGCUGCGAAGUUUUUGUAGAUGCGGGCUAGUGGUGCUGCUGCAUCAGUGUUAAUCUGCUAGCAUAGAGGGAGGGGAUUUACUUGAACUUGCGAGUAACGCUGAGGAGUUUUGCGAUGUGUUUCAGCCCUUCUCGCUCCUUCGGUGCAGUCACGCCCCGAGAUUUUCCUCUGCUGUUAAAAUACUCCAUAGUUAGAGACAGGUCCUGGUACAGGCUCGCCUCUGCUAACAGCAGCUGAAGUUGUGUUGGGAAGAGUCAGCCUGUGCCACACCUGAUCAUCUGAUGCUGUUUAGCAAUAAAAGCUGGAGUUUUUUAUAUAAAUAUUCGUGUAUUUGUGGUGUGCUAGACAGAUCAGCAAGAAGCCAAUGUAAGUAUUCUGGCUGGGGGUAGCUGUACUUGCACACGGGGGAGGAUUUACCUGAAACUUGUGGUACCUGGAGAUAGCUGGGGUCAGCUGGCUGGAGAUCCCUUCCCAGCUUUCUGUGAACUUAGAAGCAAAUGAAAAGGACCACUGUGCUGAGUUUGCCGAAGAAGUAGAUUGUAGAAUGGAACGUAUGGAUAAAACAAUCAAUAGUUACUUUGAUGUUUGGCUUGGACCCAGAGACCCCAGGGUAAAAGGAUGGCUUCUUCUGGAGAACUAUACACCUACCUUUAUCUUCUCAGUCUUGUACUUACUAAUCGUAUGGCUAGGACCCAAGUACAUGAGGAAUAAGCAGCCAUUCUCAUGCAGGGGCAUUCUAGUGAUCUACAACCUUGGACUUACACUGCUUUCUCUGUAUAUGUUUUAUGAGCUGGUGACGGGAGUAUUGGAAGGAGGAUACAAUUUCUUCUGCCAGGAUACACACAGUGGAGGAGAGGCUGAUAUGAAGAUCAUACGUGUCCUCUGGUGGUACUAUUUCUCCAAACUCAUCGAGUUCAUGGAUACCUUCUUUUUCAUUUUGAGGAAAAAUAAUCAUCAGAUCACUGUUCUGCAUGUCUACCACCAUGCAACCAUGCUGAACAUCUGGUGGUUUGUUAUGAACUGGGUGCCUUGUGGUCACUCUUACUUUGGUGCCACACUGAACAGCUUUAUCCAUGUCCUCAUGUACUCCUACUACGGACUGUCCGCUGUUCCAGCAAUGCGUCCUUAUCUGUGGUGGAAGAAGUACAUCACUCAGGGACAGCUGAUUCAGUUUGUCUUGACAAUCUUCCAGACCAGCUGUGGUGUUGUUUGGCCAUGUGCAUUUCCUCAGGGGUGGCUGUAUUUUCAGAUUUCUUACAUGAUUUCUUUGAUUAUCCUCUUCACAAAUUUCUAUAUUCAGACUUACAACAAGAAGGCAUCCUCGAGGAGGAAAGAGUAUCAGAACGGCUCCACAGCCAUUGCAAACGGGUACACAAACAGCUUUUCUUCCCUUGAGAACAAUGUGAAACAAAGGAAACAAAGGAAGGAUUGAAGACCAAACUGAAAAACCAUUUUGAUAACCCCAACAACAAAAUCAUCUGAUUGUAAGCACAAUGAGAGUUGUGCACUAAUACUCUAAUGGCUACUGUAACUAUUCCUGCCUAGAAUAGUGUGAUUUAUGUAGGACUUAACCAGUGCAAACACCCUAGAAACCGUAUACAGAACAUAAAAAUAGGUUAAAGUUUAAAAAUAAUUCUGGGCUGUCACUGACCCUGCUAUAGACUAUGGAAGGGAGUAUUAUCAUAUUAUCCGACACUGCUGUUGCCUUACUAGUCAAUAUGAUAGGUGCUGAAUUAUGAUUCACAAUUUGAAAACACUGUAAUCUAAACCUCCAUUUUUUUAACUAUAGAUCAUGCAUGUGAUUGUAGAGGUAAUUUGUAUGAUGCUGGUUUCAGUAGAUAAACACACAUGCCUUAAAUUAAAAAGCAGGGCCCAAAGCUUAUUACUGGUUUAAAAAUUAGGGUAUGUUUCAACUUUUCAAUUGAUUGACUUUUUAUUAAAAAGUCAUUUAGAAGAAUCCAUUGAUCAUUUUACUGUUCUGUAUGUGAUACACGAUGCUACGUAUCUCUUACUCGAUACAGUGAAAUUGAAAAUGGCACAUUUAGUUUUGUAUAUUUGGCUUUAAUUGAUUCAACAGUCACAAAACAGAUGGAAAAGUUAUUUUACCUUUUUACUAGAUCUUAUUUUUUUAUUUGAAGUACAUCACUAACAUAAAAGUAAUUGGCACUUACACAGUCGAGUAAGAUUUAAAUAUUGUCUCUAAAGUUUAGAGUAUAUACAGGGUGGACCCAUCUAUUCUUUUUACUUUUUUUUCUUCUUUUUUUUCCUUUCUUAUUUCUGAGAAUUCUUAAAUGCUAAAUGAAGAGUGUUUUUUAAUAUGAAACUGGCAGUUUCAAGUGUUAUUACCAUAGCCAUAUCCAUGUUCUAGGAGCUACUGUUUAAGUCUGUGACAUAUCCAAAAGUGUAUUUAAGAGUGAAGCCAGAAAGAUGCUUUUCUGAUGGAAUUGUCUGUAUUUAAGUUGGUAUCUGAACUGUUCUUCAUGUAGCAUACAUUCACUUUCAAAAUGUGCCUAACACAAAGAUGUUUUUUUUUCCCAAACAAACAAUUUUAAACAGUUUAAGUCAUAGCUAAUGUUUUUUAAAUGUUACUGAAAUGUGCUGGAAAUGUCUGUUUCUGUAAUGUGAGUUGUGUAUAUCACUGGUAAUGUUUUGGCUUGUUAUCUAAGGAUUUGGUUUGAGUGCUGGUUAAAGUUACUCCUUCUUGUAAAAUGCUGUCUUGCACAUAUGAGGAGUCAGUUGCAAAGCCAGUAGCUGUUGCUGGUAUUCUGGUAUCUGCCAUAGUGGAGUCCAUUAAGCUCUGAAAAAUUGAAUUGUGCAAGACAUUCUGCUGGUCAUUGCUCAAGUUUAACUAUUUGGUUUUUUGAUAUUUAUAUAAAUGCCAGUUUUAACACGUUUAAUUGUUUUUAAAUAUUUUUUAAAAAUUUUGCACAUCUCUUAAGGAAUUAAUAAGUUCUCUUACUAGCCUUGUGGGUUUUCAUUCCUUGUUUUGAAGGAGACAGUGUCUGUUAUGUUUACAUUAUCAAAGCUUGUGUGUGUGUCUUCAUUUCUAGGUACUGGUUUGCAGAGUCUUUACAUAGCUCAGUACAGCAGCUAUAAUGUUCAAAAUAGGCUGUCUAAAUGUGCUAGAAAUAAACUCUUGGCUCAUCUGAGUAUACUUCAUUGUUAAUGUUUGACAUGGUUUAAUCAUUAAAACACUUUUGAUGA